GGGAUAUUGAUCGCGCUUCGGGCCUUAAGGAAUCCUAGUACGUGUCCUAUGUAGCCUGCCGCAGCACGGAGACAGAUGUGGGAAACCCCAGGAUGGCCGACGACAGUUAACCCAAACUAUAUUGAGUCAGCGUCGGGCCUCCGGAACUUCUACUCGAUGAUUGGCUGAAGCAGUGGAAGGCUGGCUGCGGAUUGGCUGCGCCCAGAGGCGGGCUGAGCAACCAACUGGAGAGUAGUUGAGACAAGAUGGCGGCUGCCGAGGGACCCGCGGCAGAUGGUGAGCUGUGGCAGAGUUGGCUUCCUAACCACGUUGUGUUUUCGCGCCUCCGGGAGGGACUGAAAACCCAGAGUCCAGUCGAAGCGGAAAAGCCGGCGCCUUCGUCCACACCCUUGUCGCCGCCGCAGUUGCUGACGAGAAACCUGGUGUUCGGCCUCGGUGGGGAGCUCUUCCUGUGGGACGUGGAAGGCAGCGCCUUCUUGGUGGUUCGGCUUCGCGGCCUCAGCGGGGGCGGUGCGGAGCCCGCUCUGUCCCAGUACCAGAGAUUGCUUUGCAUAAAUCCACCCCUGUUUGAAAUUUAUCAAGUCUUGUUAAGUCCAACACAACAUCAUGUAGCACUUAUUGGAACAAAAGGACUUUCAGUAUUAGAAUUGCCUAAAAGAUGGGGGAAGAAUUCUGAAUUUGAAGGUGGAAAAACAACUGUGAAUUGUAGUACCACUCCAAUUGCUGAGAGGUUUUUUACCAGCUCUCCUCUGACUCUAAAGCAUGCUGCCUGGUAUCCAAGUGAAAUGCUGGAUCCCCACAUAGUACUGUUAACAUCAGACAAUGUAAUAAGAAUUUACUCUCUUCGUGUGCCUCAGACACCCACUAAAGUGAUUGUACUUUCAGAAACAGAAGAAGAAAGUUUAAUACUAAAUAAAGGAAGAGCAUAUACAGCAUCUCUCGGAGAGACAGCAGUUGCAUUUGACUUUGGGCCAUUGGCAGGAAUCCCAAAGAAUAUAUAUGGACCAAAAGGCAAAGACGAAAUAAUGGCAUACCCACUGUACAUCUUAUAUGAGAAUGGGGAGACCUUCCUUACCUAUCUUACUCUUUCACACAGCCCUGGAAAUAUUGGAAAGCUGUUGGGUCCAUUGCCUAUGCAUCCCGCAGCUGAAGAUAACUAUGGUUAUGAUGCCUGUGCUAUACUCUGUUUACCCUGUGUUCCCAACAUCUUAGUGAUUGCAACAGAAUCAGGAAUGCUGUAUCACUGUGUUGUACUAGAGGGGGAAGAAGAAGAUGAACAGACACAGUUGGAAAAGUCCUGGGAUUCCAGAGUUGACCUCAUUCCUUCUCUGUAUGUGUUUGAAUGUGUUGAGCUGGAGCUUGCCCUGAAACUGGCAUCUGGAGAGGAUGAUCCCUUUGGUUCUGACUUUUCUUGUCCAAUUAAACUUCAUAGAGAUCCCAAGUGCCCUUCAAGAUACCACUGUACUCAUGAAGCUGGUGUACACAGUGUUGGGCUAACUUGGAUUCAUAAACUUAACAAGUUUCUUGGAUCGGAUGAAGAAGAUAAAGAUAGUUUGCAAGAACUUGCUGCAGAACAAAAAUGCUUUGUAGAGCACAUCCUUUGUACAAAGCCAUUGCCAUGCAGGCAGCCAGCUCCAAUUCGAGGAUUCUGGAUUGUCCCAGACAUAUUGGGACCCACAAUGAUCUGCAUCACCAGUACCUAUGAAUGCCUCGUAAGGCCUUUAUUAAGUACAGUCCAUCCUGCAUCUCCUCCCCUGCUGUGUACCCGAGAAGAUGCUGAAGUGGCAGAGUCUCCCCUUCGUAUUCUGGCUGAAACCCCAGAUGCCUUUGAAAAGCAUAUUAGAAGCAUUUUGCAACGUAGUGCUACCAAUCCAGCAUUUUUGAAAUCAUCAGAAAAGGAUUUGGCUCCUCCUCCCGAAGAGUGUCUUCAGCUUAUCAGCAGAGCCACCCAGGUAUUCCGGGAACAGUACAUUCUUAAGCAGGACCUGGCCAAGGAGGAGAUUCAGCGGAGGGUCAAAUUAUUAUGUGACCAAAAAAGGAAACAACUAGAAGAUCUCAGUUAUUGUCGAGAGGAGAGGAAAAGUUUACGAGAAAUGGCUGAGCGCUUAGCUGACAAAUACGAGGAAGCCAAAGAAAAACAAGAAGACAUUAUGAACAGGAUGAAAAAAGUACUUCACAGUUUUCAUACUCAACUCCCAGUUCUCUCUGAUAGUGAGAGAGACAUGAAGAAGGAAUUACAGCUGAUACCUGAUCAACUUCGCCAUUUAGGCAAUGCCAUCAAACAGGUUACUAUGAAAAAAGACUAUCAACAGCGCAAGAUGGAAAAAGUCUUGAGUCCUCAGAAACCCACCAUUACUCUCAGUGCCUACCAGCGAAAAUGCAUUCAGUCCAUCCUGAAGGAAGAGGGUGAACACAUAAGGGAAAUGGUGAAGCAAAUCAAUGACAUCCGAAACCAUGUAAACUUCUGAUACCACCAGGAACAGAAUUCACACCUGAAGUUAACACAACUGAAGGCUUAUAAACUGGUGUUGUAAAGCAAAUGGCACGAUCUAAUUUAUAAAGAAGCAUUUUGGAUAAACUUUGGUGUGGUUGUUCAUCCUUUUGAUACAUGUUUUAUAAAAAAUAAAUUUUUAUUUAAACACUU